UGCGUUCUCCAGUCGCUUGCAUUUACCCCCAUAGCACUCACCGCAGGAGGGGAAUACGGAGGGGCUCGUAUUUGAAGAGCGGCCGCGCGAUUUUGCCCGGCAAACGAGAGGGAGAAGCCACGGCUUCAACCGCGCGCGGCAACCCUUUGGCGAACAAACGCGGAGCGCGUUGACAGUUGAUCGAGAAAGCGCGACUUCGGAGGUGCGACCUGAAGAAACCGAAGGGUUCUUCGAGAGCGGCUCGGCGUUUCAAAGGACGAUUUCGAUAUGAAGGUUACCGAAUACUUCUGCUGCGCGCUCGCUUGCAUGUGUCUGCUGAAGGUGGUAAAUACCGAGAUAUCGAGGGAUAAGUUUGAACACCAGCUCUUGGACGCCCUUACAACGGAGAGGACGAUGAAACCGAAGAGACCUUUUUGCAACGCUUUUACGGGAUGCGGUAGAAAAAGGAGUUUUUCCGCAAGUACACCCACUCUGCGGGACUCGCAGGACUUCCGUGCGAGCGACAACGUACAACUUCCGGUCUCGCUGUAUAAAGCGCUGCUGAAUGCCGCUAAACAAAACACCUGGGACGCGAUCGAUCGUGAGGAAUACGAUUACCGAUUACGACGAGUACCGCAGUUCUAUCUACCGGGUCAAAUGCCUCUCCGCGAUACGCUAGAAAGCUAAUCUGUCUGACAAACUUUGACGCGUGGGCGCCGGCUAGGAUUCACGAUUCAGGAUACCUUUUGUUCUCAUUUUCGAGUGUACAUCGUAAAAUAUACGCGCGACAUCGAUGAGAUGUUUAAAUAAAAAAGAAACAAAAAAAAAAAGAAUUUAAUCAAUACAGUACAGCAACCCUUUCAAGUGGAAACUUCACUUUUAUUUCGGAAAUUCGCAAAAUCGCGUCCUGUUGCGUCUUCUUCGCGGCGUCCACGACUCGAUACUAAUACUUACUUUCGCUUAGUUGCUUGCUUUCCGCCUCGUCAUAGUUAAAAGGACGUAAAUGUGAACGAAAAAAAUGCAUACAUAUAUACACACACACGCACACAUAUAUAUGCACACACAUAUAUACUCAUAUAUACACAUGCAAUGGUACGAUAUAGUCAUUUUAUUUUACACACAACUUUUGCGCGAAACACUCUCUCCUCCCGUCUUUAUCGUCGGAGAAUUCUACUACUGCUGCGCGCGAAUCGUCCGCGAAGGAAGCAUAUAAAAUUAUAAUCGAUGUAAUUAUCGAUACUAGCUAGAAUUAGCUUCGAGAUCUUCGCUCGUUCUUAAGGGUUCUCGAUAGCUAUGUGUUUAUUUGUACGCACCACUCAUAUUCCCUGCCGAAAGAUCAUAAUUGAUUUGCUGUUAACGACUUCGAACCAUAUAUUUUUUAAAUGACUGUUAAAUUACAUCUGGUUUGUAUCCAAUAAAUUCUAUAAAAUCUGUUGUCUAGUUAAUUACUAUAUUCAAUAUAUAAUUAUUCUACUUAUUAUAUACUUCCUAGACAAUACAAAUUACU